GAUUGGAGCACCUGAAUCACAUGAUAUGGAGGGGAUUGGAACACCUGAAUCACAUGAUAUGGAGGGGACUGGAACACCUGAAUCACAUGAUAUGGAGGGGACUGGAACACCUGAAUCACAUGAUUGGGAGGGGAUUGGAACACCUGAAUCACAUGAUUAGGAGGGGAUUGGAACACCUGAAUCACAUGACAUGGAGGGGAUUGGAACACCUGAAUCACAUGAUAUGGAGGGGAUUGGAACACCUGAAUCACAUGAUAUGGAGGGGAUUGGAACACCUG